AGUAGCAGCUGUCUCGUCUUCACAGUUAUCCUCCCAUAACAAAUAAAUUAGUCAACAUGGCCGCAGAGCACCUAGCCCCACAUAACUGAGACACGGAAUAAAACAACACAGAUUUAAUGGCGUUCAUGUCUCGGUUCUCUCGGUCCCGGAGCAGCUCCAGGUCUCCGAGCCGAAAAGACUCUGAACGUUCCUCCCCGAUCCUGACCGUCUCCGAGCUAGAAAGGCUCCUUUACACGGGCAAAACGGCCUGCAACCACGCAGACGAAGUGUGGCCACGACUCUAUAUCGGAGACCAGGACAUUGCAUCAGAUCGACGAGAAUUGGCCAAACUUGGCAUUACACAUAUCCUCAACUGCGCACAGACGAAGUGGCGCGGGGGAGCCGAAUAUUAUGCUGGGAUGAACAUCACCUAUCAUGGCAUUGAGGCUCAUGACUCACCAACUUUUGACAUGAGUGUUAACUUCUAUCCUGCUUCUGAGUUCAUUCACAAAGCCCUCACCUGUGGAGGUAAGGUUCUGGUCCACUGUACUGUGGGAGUGAGCCGCUCAGCUACUCUGGUGCUAGCCUACUUGAUGAUCAGACAAAAUCUGACGCUUGUGGAGGCCAUCAAGACAGUAAAAGACCACAGAGGUGUCAUCCCUAACCGAGGUUUCCUCCGCCAGCUGAAUGGCCUGGACAGCAUCCUGAGAGAGAGCCGAAAGACAUCACCGUAGAGCUGAAAAUACUCACACACUCCACCUGAGGUAGCAGCCCAUUACACUGGGAGAUAUUCUGGGACCAAACUAGGAGCAACCUGUGAAUUUCUGACAUUGCAGCUCUGAAUGGUAGCCAGUGAUACCACAGAUCAAGUGAUGCCAUUAUUUUCAUAGUCAAUUUGCUCAGUUUGUUUAAUCUUUGUAGUUCUGUAGACUCUGAAACAGCAGCACCAAAUAAUUUUAUAUUCCUUAAGAUAUAAAAGUUUACUGGUACAUUAAGGUUCUAAAAAAUUAGAAACUUUUAUUAAUAAUUCCACUAUUUCCUUCAAAGUGUUUUUUCAAUUUGUAACUGACCUCUGCCUUUCAGAUUCAUUCACGCACAUAAUGGUAGAAAUUUUACAGCAACGUCAGUUGACCUAUGUAAGUUAAGUAGUAAACCCUUACCUUUGACUUAUAGGAUUCAAAAGUUGACUGUGAGUCCAAAAUUGAGGAAACUGCUGCACAGGGUUUGAGUCAGAUGUGAAACAGGAGUUUGGGGUGUAACCUCACUGUCUGAAUUAUGUUAAUUUAGGCUACGUCCACACUAGCCCGGAUAGAUUUGAAAACGGCGUUUUCGUCUGAAAAUGCUCCGCGUCCACACUAGCGUUUUCAGUCGUUUUCACAGAGUUGUGCGUCCACAUUGAAACGGCCAAAAACGCUUACGUUCCAGUCCUGCGCAUGCGCAAAAGUGGGUGAGAAUUAAAGAAUUUGAAGAAAAGCUAUCUGGAGCAUGUACAAACUGAUAUUAAUCUUUUUUAGGGCUGUCAAAAUUGAGAGCAAUCAAAACAACUGCUGUAUAAUGCCCUCCGCUAUCUUUGUUUAAUUGGUCACAUAACUGCAUCACAUGACUAAAAUGCGUCAUUGUUUUAGAAAGUCUGCGUUUUCGAGUGUCCACACUGCGACGGGACAGCUCCGUUUUGAAAUAUAUGCGUUUUCGAGAGCGUUUUCAAAACGCUGCGUUUUUCCUUGGGGAAAAUGCCAUCUCAGUGUGGACGGGAGGCCAAAACGGAGAGAAAACGAUGCGUUUUCAAACGAAAACGCAUUAGUGUGGACGUAGCCUUAAUUUCCUGUUAGCAACAAAGCCUACUGACAUUUAGCUUCUAUUUAUUGAUCUGAGAGCUGGUUUCGAUGCUCGGUAAACUUUUUUUGCACAAUUAUGGCUUUAGACUAUACUGACAAGGGGAAAACACCUACGUUAAAAGUAUAAAGGGACUAGAAACAAUCAUUUUUAUGGCUGACAAGUGCUAACAUGUUUAUUCAUGGUACCAUGUUUGCAGUUAUCUUGCCAGCCACAGAUGUCCACAAAAGUUAUGCCAAAAACCUUUACAGGCUUCAUCCACACGUUUUUGGACGCUUCUGCAGUUUUGAACUCAUAUGCAUUGUUUUUCUUUUUAGUCAAGCUUGUAGAGAACAUGUCUAACAGAGAUUCCUGUCUGACUUUUUUAAAUUUCAGAAGAAAAUAGUCAACCUGAGGCAGGUUAUCGCCAACCUGAUUAACAUAUCUGGGGUCUGAACCCAGCAAAGAGUCACAAAAUAAACCCAGCAGACACUGUGAUAUUGAAUAGGAUGUUAAUCUUUUUUGUUAUCUAGUCUUUGUAGAGAAAUAGUUCCACAUAGAGUUUGAAAAUGAGUUGUGCCAAGGUUGCAGAUGUGAGUUUACUGUUGUCUUGACAUACUUUCUGAGUGUUGUCUGACUUUCUAGCAAGAGAAAGUAUGUGUUCAAGAAUGGUUUUAUAUCAGUAUUUUAAUGAUUACAACAAAAUGAAAUAAACAAAACUGCCUCAACCCAGAGAGAAGUAACAAUAUCAAAAAAUUUCAGCUGCUUAGUUUUGUGAACCAGUUCUCGUUCCACUGAGCUAACCAACCACACACUGAACUAUACACUGAACUACUCAGAUCACAAGGUUUAUAAUGCUGUUUAUUGGUCCUGGUAGUCCAGAAACGUUAAGUUUAUAACGUUUUGUGUAAAUUCACUCUCAUUUAUUAAAAUGAGAGGGAAUUUACACAAAGGUAACACAAAGG